AUGAGUGACUCGGACGAAGUUGCUCUUGCCAAAUUGCCUGACCAAAGCAAUGGUUUGAAAGACGAAAAUGAAGAGGCACCUUUGGCUCUGAUCAAGGCAAGUCCAAAGAAGAGAAAAUCUAAUGGAUCUGCCAAUGGUGAGCCUAAGAAGAAAAGGAAAAAGACAACCAAAACUAAGGUUAAGGCUGAAAAAGUCGAGGAUGUACCUAUGACUGAGGUUGCAAAUGGUUCACAGGGUUCCCAAGACGUGAAAGACGUCAAGGAUACGGCGACUCCAAAGCCUGAAGACUCAGAAGAUGGUGAUGACUAUAAAUGGUGGGAAGAUGACAAGUUUGGUGAAGGUCCAGAGAGAUGGCAGACGUUGGUACACAAUGGAGUGAUUUUUCCUCCUCCAUACGAGCCAUUGCCUUCUUACGUCAAGUUGUACUACGACCAGGAGCCUGUAGAUUUGCCUCCUGCUGCUGAGGAGGUGGCUGGAUUUUUUGGUGCCAUGUUGGAGACGGACCAUGCAAAGAAUCCUGUCUUCCAGAAGAAUUUCUUUGAGGACUUCUUGCAGGUUUUGGAAGAAAGUGGAGGUUGCAAUGUCGAGAUUCUGGAAUUUGAAAAGUGUGAUUUCUCCAAAAUGUACGCCUACUUUGAAAAGGUGAGAGAAGAGAAGAAGAACAUGAGCAAACAGGAGAAGAAGAGAAUUAAAGACGAGAGAGACGCUUUGGAGGAACCCUACAGAACUUGUCUCUUGAACGGACGUAAAGAAAACGUUGGUAACUUCAAGGUAGAACCUCCAGGACUUUUCCGUGGCCGUGGUGCACACCCCAAAACAGGUAAGUUGAAGAAGAGAGUUUAUCCUGAAGAUAUCACUCUCAACUUGGCUGCAGAUGCCCCAAUCCCUCCAGCUCCUGAGGGCCACAGUUGGGGAGAAGUUAGACACGAUAAGUCGGUGGUGUGGUUGGCCAUGUGGAAAGAGAACAUCUCCGACUCGUUCAAGUAUGUGAAAUUGGCAGCUAACUCGUCGAUCAAAGGUAUCUCUGAUAUGAAGAAGUUUGAGACUGCCAGACGUUUGAAAGAUCACAUCGAGAGAAUCAGAGCUGACUACAGAAAGAUGUUGAAGGACCAGUUCAUGCAGAACCGUCAGAUCGCUACUGCCACUUAUCUUAUCGAUGUGUUUGCAUUGAGAGCAGGUGGAGAAAAGGGAGAUGAUGAAGCCGACACCGUCGGUUGUUGUUCGUUGCGUUACGAGCAUGUAACUCUAAAACCACCAAGCACUGUCAUUUUCGAUUUCUUAGGUAAAGAUUCCAUCAGAUUUUAUCAGGAAGUUGAGGUUGAUCGCCAAGUUUUCAAGAACUUGAGAAUCUUCAAAAAGGAACCCAAGCAGCCUGGUGACGACUUGUUUGACCGGAUUUCUCCUUCAACGUUGAACAAGCAUUUGCAAGGUUACAUGAAGGGCUUGACAGCUAAAGUCUUCCGUACUUAUAAUGCAUCUAAAACCAUGCAAGACCAGAUGGAUUUGAUUGAGAACGAGGGCACUGUUUCCGAGAAGGUGAUGAGGUACAAUGCAGCCAACAGAACCGUGGCAAUCUUGUGUAAUCACCAGCGUACGGUAACUAAAGGCCAUCAGGGAUCAGUUGAGAGGAUCCAGGAAAAAAUCAAGGAAAUGGAGUGGCAAAAGAUUCGUAUGAAGCGCAUGAUCUUGCAGCUUGAUCCCAGCGAAAAGAAGAAGAAACCAAAGUACUUCGAAGAAAUUGACGAUUUGACUAAGGAAGAUCUGAUGAUGAUCGUACAUCGGUUGAUCGAGAAGCAGAAGGAACAGGCGCAAAAGAAGUGGACUCGAGAUAACGAGAAAAGAAAAGCCGAGAAACAAGAGUUGUUGGGUGAAGACGACUUGCAAGAAAAGUUGGACAAGAUCGAAGAAACCAAAAAGGAGUACGAAACGGAAGUGGAGACAGAGAAUCCCGAAGUGCCCAAGGGAUCGACGGUUGCCAAAUUACAAUCACAGAUAGAAAAACUCGAAAACCGGAUAUUGAAUACCAGCUUCCAGUUGAAGGACAAGGAAGACAAUAGUGAGGUGUCAUUGGGUACAUCCAAGAUGAACUAUAUCGACCCACGGUUAACAGUAAUGUUCUCGAAGAAGUUCAACGUUCCCAUUGAGAAGUUGUUCACCAAAACCUUGAGAGACAAGUUCAAUUGGGCCAUCGAGUCGGCAGAUGAAAAUUGGAGGUUUUAG